AUGUUGGAAAUUUGUCAAAAGAAACAUAUGCUACUGGGAUUAACUCUGCUUGUGGCUCUGACCGUUUUUGUACUAAUAAUAGAGUCACGAUUAGAUAUUGGUGGCCCUGCAGCUCGUAAACCACAAUUUGUUAUAGAAAAUAAUUCGACGUGCUGGCUUCGAGAGAAAUAUACUGUCGUACAAGAAUGCCACAAAUGCUCCGAGUUCGACCUGGUGAGCCGCAGUUUGGGCGUGUGUAUUCAUACGAAAUAUAAAGAGCUGCUGCGUUGCAACGACAGUGGGGAGAUUGUUAUAAAAAGUUGCGAUAGAAUAGUAGCUAUUGACCAGAAGAACUUUCUACACUUCGAGGUGUGCUGUUUCGUUUUUGGUAUAUUGACCUAUUUUCUAUCCUUUGCUCGUAAUCGAAUUCUAUCAAGAAGGACCCACCAGAAACUGGAGAGACAACUUAACCGAACGUAA